CCAAAUCUCUUCAAAGCCCCCACCACCGCAAAAAAAUAUGACCGUCGGUGCAGCUCCGCCAUCAUUGCUCCAAGUAAUCGAUGGGACAACCAUCCUGUCUCUUCUCUUCUUCACCUCCCUCCUGCUAUCCUCCUACCUCUCCACCAAAUACUUUCUCCCCGUUGGGACCUCUGCCAAGACCCGCUUCCUCUAUGGCUGGCACAUCUUCGACGCGUUAAUCCACAUCCUCUUCGAGUGUCCGUUCCUCUACAUCUCCUUUUUCUCAUCGGCCCCUACCGGCCUGACAGGAAACAGUGCGAACGUGUUGUGGGGUGACUUGUCACGUGCUUAUGGAGCUGAGUACGCCACCGGCUUAUUCGGGCAUUUGUGGCGGGAGUACGCAAAGGCUGAUAGGCGGUGGGCUCAUGCCGAUGUUGGUGUUCUCGCCCUAGAGCUUCCUACUGGUUUGCUGGGGGGUCCGUUGGCGUGGUGGGUUUCUGAGUUGAUUAGGAGGAAGAAUAGAAGUGCUUGGUUCUGGAUGCUUGUGCUUGCGGUGGCGGAGCUUUAUGGUGGAUGGAUGACCUUCGCUCCUGAGUGGCUCACUGGUAGUCAGAAUCUUAACACUAGCAAUCCCAUGCACACUUGGCUUUACCUCUUUUUCAUGAACGUGAUCUGGGUUAUCGUCCCCGGGUGGAUCUGCUUCGAAGCCUACACGGAGAUGGUCGUCACCCCAUCCAAAGGGAGAAUCACCACAAUCCAUCACGAUGACACCAGCGCUGCAGGGAAAAAGUCCCAGUAGUGGUCGAUAUACAAAUCCCCGGGCAAAAGUGUUUAUGAAUCUACUGUACUUUGCCAGGUCUCCCAUUUUCACAAACACUUUUGCCAAGGGACCGUAUCCAUAGUUGCUGCCUAGUUCUUGUGCUAGUGUCUUUUUCACACAAUACUAUUUCUAACCUUU